CGGCGUCGCCCGAGGCGCUUUAAAGGCUCGCAGGCAGCGGGGGCGGCGGCGGAGCCAUGAGCGAGGUGAAGGUGGCCGUGCUGGGCGGCAGCGGAGCCGGCAAGUCGGCGCUGGCGGUGCGGUUCCUGACCCGGCGCUUCAUCGGAGAGUACGCGUCCGGAGCCGAAUGCAUCUACACCAAGCACUUGUGCCUGGACGGGAGGCAGAUACACCUGGAAAUUUAUGACCCUUGCUCCCAGCCCCAGCAGGGGAAGCUGUCCCUGGCAGAUGAGCUCCACUGGGCUGAUGGAUUUAUCAUUGUCUAUGACAUCAGUGACAGAGCAUCAUUUGCCUUUGCCAAGGCGCUGCUCUACAGGAUCCGAGAGUCUCACAUAGGAGUUUGUAAAAAGAUGGUCGAGUCAUCAAUAUUUUUGGUUGGCAAUAAACAGGAUUUAUGCCACAUGAGGGAGGUUGGCUGGGAUGAAGGACAGAAGCUGGCAAUAGACAACAAGUGCCAAUUCUGUGAACUGUCUGCAGCAGAGCACUACCAGGAGGUUGUGGCAAUGUUCACCAAGGUGCUGAGGAAUAUCACUGCCAAUUCCAAAGUGAAGGAGAAGAGACGACCAAGCGGUUCCAAGUCAAUGGCCAAGUUGAUCAACAAUGUGUUUGGGAAGAGGAGGAAAUCUGUGUAAGAGAGGGUUAGUCCCGAAGUUGGAACAAGCUGAAAUAAUGGAGCUGAGCUCUUGGGAUUCACUGAAUUUCCUCCAAAGGUCAAUAUGUGGAGGAGUAAGACAGUAGAAACCAAAGGUGGGAGAUAGUAUGGUCUAGACCUGGAAGACCUGACCUAUUUCAGCUCUGCUGCAGAUUUACUGUAUAGGGCAGUGCUCUUUAAACAGUAAGCUGCUCCAGAGGAGAGGUUUAGUCUGUAUUUAUUCAACACCAGCAUGGUCUUGGAUAGAGCUUCUAGGCGCAACUGAGGUAUAAACAGAUAAAUAAUUUCACAGAUUCACUUCUAUUGGAAAAGAUCCUAAGUCAUCAAGUCCAGUCAUUAACCAAACACUACCAAGUCUACCACUAAACCACAUAAUAUCCAGUAAACUCAGUCUUGCUGAUCAAAAUCUUACUUCAGAAUCCUGAGUAGUAUUUUUUUUUGGUGUGUGUGCAAGAACAUUUGCACUAAGAAAAGUAAAAUACUGCAGCUUCAUAUGGUAAUGUAUUUGUAUUUAACUCAGGUCUUUGUGUGCCUUACACUUGCUGAAAUUCAUAUGAAUUCAAUGCUUAGACACCAAGUCUACAAAAGGUAUUUACCUGCAGAGCUGCCUUGCAGAGGCACCAGAA